AGUUACGAUCUGAAUCUUGGGAUUUUUUGAGUCAAGCAAAUCUUUGAGGAGAUACGAUUGAACUUUCCAUAUCUCUUUGCCUUCCUCGUCAUAAAUGCUGGCUCAGCAUUUGAGGGACGUGACAGCUAAAGCCGGCGCACGUUAUGCAGGAGGGGCGUUAAGCGCCUGCCACGUGUGGGACGCUAGUUGGCGUGUCAGAAACACGCCAAAAACACUCCAGCUUGAAGAAUCAGCACACCGAAUCAACUUCGCAUCAUUUUCAGGUAAAAUGGUUUCAUUGAGAGAGCUUACAGAGCAACGAGGUAACCAGGGUAAAGAGGGAGAAGAGGAAGGGGUUUUGUCAGUAGAGCCUAUCACAAUGAUAGUGCCGCCGGAGUUGCAGGAUGUGCCGGAAAUAAUGGCGUCUGAGAGCAGCACCAGUUCCAACGCAAGUGACAACGGUGGCGACCACCCUAGUGCGCCGUCGAGCAGCUCGUCCGAGGGGACACCAGGCCGCGAGGAGGAGGCUAGGGAUGUAGUGAGCCAUGUUUCAGAUCGGCCUGUAAUGGAAGAAUGGGAGAGCAGAACCAUCACGGGCAGGUUGGACAACCUACGAAAGGCGCCAAAGGACCUGCCCGCCGGAUUUAGGUUCCGGGCCGCGCUUCAUCAUGAAGUAGCAGACUGCACGCCCUCAAUUAGCGGGUACAGAAAAUUGGAGGAUAUGGUGAGGGCGUAUCAUAUUCCCCGGACAAUACUGUUACGAAUAGGCGCACCAAAUGAGAGGGCUUGCACGGUGUCACAGACUGGCUGGAUCCCAGUGUAUGUGGACCACUUUGACGCCGGCCUGCGGUUUCCCCUGCCCGGAUUGGUGUUCGACCUGCUGGCGGAUUAUGAGCUGGCGCUGACGCAGCUGACGCCCAACAGCAUAAGGUUCAUCAUUGGCUUUAUGCUGUUGUGUGAACGAUUAGAAGUAUCGGCUAAGGCGAUCGUGUUCAGGUCGCUGUUUCAAUGCCGGCUGUGUCCGAACUCAAGAGGAGCGAAGUGGUACUACCUCUCUGGGAGGGAUAAGAGCCAGCUCUUCAAAAAUGUGAGGAACAAGGUGAGGGAGGGUCUAAUAGAUCUAGAAGCCCUGGUUACCUCGGAGCAGCUUGCCGUGUUCGGGUUUGUCGAUGUGGCAAACCUGUUCACAGAAGCCCAGAGUUCACGAGGCCGCGGGGCGAGUAGCGGGCAACCCAGGCAAACGGGGUUCGACGAGCAACCGCCGGCCGCGCCUCAAUCGCGCAACUCGUCCCAUCGGGGAUCCAGCUCAGCCUCUAGACCGCGGGCUGAGCAUAGGGCUGAGGUUGCAGCCCCGAGUGCUCGCAGACAUGCACGCGAGGAGACGGAGAGCGAGGAAGAUGAGGUCCCCCUUGCUCGGCGUAGAACAAGCGGGGGGACCCAGCCCGCGCAGGCGGUUCGACCUGCAGCUUCUAACGCGCCAGCAACAACUGCGAGGGUGGCGGUCGAGCCUGCUUCCACGUCGGCCUCAGUGUCGGGCCCCAGGAUCGCCUAUCCUGAAGGCUUCAGCUAUAUAAGGGCGGAGUGCCAGCCCGCCAUGGUGCAAGGCAUGCACAGCUUUGUGCCCCCCAUGGACAGUAAGCGGGCCAAAGCUUUUGUGCAGCAGCAUGGUGGCCAGGUCGCCAUGAUAAAACUAAUGGAUGCGUUCAGCUACGCAGUAGCACUGUACGAGAGCAAGCAGGGGGCUCGUACAGAGAACCGCGAGCUCGGUUCAAAGUGCAAGCAGCUGGCCGUAAAGAAGGCUAGCCUUGUGGACGAUGUGAAUCGUCUGCAAGGCUCUAAAAUGGCGAACCGAGCUGCUGCAGCGGAGAGCCGAGCUGAAGAGCUCGCAAACAAGAUCAAUGAGCUCAAGGAGGAGCUUGAGGACCGUGCUCAGAACGAGCUGGGUUCCCUGAAGUUCCAGGUCGCUGAGGCUGACAAGAACCUCAGCGCUACCGAAGAGGCGCUGAACGAACUGAAGGCCUCUCAUGCGCGCUUAGUCGGUAUUGCUCGAGCCCAAGGAGCAGAAUGGCUGGUCGGCUCGUCCACGUUUCAAGAUGUAGUGGCGGUGGCGUCUACGAACAUGACCACGGAGAUUUAUAACGAGAUCCGUGGUAAGGGUAAGAGCCUUGCUCCCCUGGCUGACACAACGGUGCGAUUGAGAUGGGAUCUCAACGAGGAGGGACUUCCUGUUUGGCCUCCCUCUGUUGUAGAAGAGGGGGAGGACCCAACGGGGCUGCCUUCCUUUGAUGGAUGGGUGGAAGGGGCUCCUGUUGCUGAGCAGGAGCCAUCCAGUACUCCACCAGACUCUUAGCCCGCCGCGGUGCCAACUCGAUCUCCCGUUACGGCACUAGCUUCUGAGGUCGCUGCUCGCUCGCCACCAGAUCGCUCCUUUCUGCUUGUAGCUGACGCGUCUAUGCCCGUCGAUUUGACGGAUGACCAGGCUUAGGACUUUUUUCUUUUAUUCCUUUGUAUUUUCUGUUGCAUUUUUGUAUUUGAUCAAUGGAUUCAUAGCAUAUGUACCUUGACUGUAAACAUCUUUGAUGAAAUACAAAAAUGAGUUUUCC